AAUGGAAUCUGAUUUUGUUAAUAUUACAGCAGAUGGAGGAGUCUAAAAGAGAAUUCUUAAAGAAGGACAAGGAGACUAUCCUCAGACCAAUUCAACUUGUAAAAUAUAUUACUUGGGCACAUUGGAAGAUUAAAAGCCAUUUGAUUCAAAUAUGGGAUAAAGUAAACCACAUAAACAUAUCCUAAAAAGAGGAGAUAGAUGCAAAGGUUUUGAAAUUGCUUUACAAUCUAUGAAACCUGGAGAAAAGUCUCAAUUCAAAAUAACACCAGAAUAUGGAUAUGGACCUGAUGGAAACAUCUUUAAGGAUGUUCCAAAAAAUGCUAAUUUGAGAUAUGAGAUUGAAUUAUUGAGAUUUAAAUUGGAGAAAAAGAAAAGAUGGUAAUUAAUCAAUAUAAUCUAGGCUAAUGAAUCCAGAAGAAAAAUAUGAAGAAGCUCUUAAACUUAGAACAAAAGGAACAAAAUACUUUAAGAAUUAGUAAUAUUAAGAAGCUAAAGAAAAAUAUAAAGAUGCCUUGACUUAUUGUGUUUUGAAUACAAAAGAAGGUAAAGAAAUAAAAGCAAGUUUGCAAUUAAAUUUAUCUAUAUGUUGUUUUUUGAGAGAAGAAUUUAAAGAAUCAAUUGAUUAUUGUAAAGCAGCUUUGGAUACUAAUUCAAAUGAUUAAUAAAAUUUAAAGGCAUAUUAUAGAAGAGCCAUUGCAUUAUAAUAAAUAGGAGAAUAGGAGAAAGCUUUAUAAGAUCUAAAAUCUGCUUAUAAAUUAGAUCCUUAAAAUACAGCUGUUAUUGAAGAACUCUAAAAAGUCAAAGAACAUUUAAAAUAAGCUUAUUCAAAAGAAAAAUAAUCUUGGUCUAAGUUAUUUGUAGAUAAAGAUGAGAGUUAAUAGAAUAUAAAUGAAGAAGAAUCAUAAUAGCAAUAGGAAAGUGAAUAGAAUGAGUUAUCUAAGAAUAUUGAAAAUAUUGAUAAGGAUAAUUAAGUUUCUAAAGAUAUUAUCAAACAUGAAAUACCAUAAAUAAAUUAGAAUGAAACUUUGUAAUAAUUAAAUGAAAGUAGAAGUAUUUAAGAAUGA